UCUGUACCGACGCGGGACAAUUCGAGAUACGACGCCAUGUUACAUGAAAACUCGAAAGUUUUCAUCUUCGAUUCGAGAUAUUGCCCAUGCUUUAUUUUUUUUAGUAAGGAAUAAGGAUAGGAGGUGAGCAAAAGACCGUAAACAUAACCUUAGACGUGUCAAUCGUGAUAAAAAUCGGCGAGUCUGAUUCGAUUGGGAGAAUUUUCACCGAUGUGAUAAUAAAUGACAAAUAUUUUCAUUUAUUAUUACUAAGAAAAGUUCAUCAUAACAAUAAAAUGAGUUCGUCUCUGGUGGCAAAAGUUCUCCGUACGACAGGUAAAAUUGAAGCAGCAGAUUUGAAAAACAAAAUUAGUGAAAUUCAAAAAGAAAUUAUUGCUCUGAAAACCGAUGUCAAUCAAUUUAUUGAGGAUAAUUAUGUGGAUUUUCUUGCUAAAGUGGAGAAAGACACAAUUUUGAUUGAAAGAUCUGAAAAAUUGGUGGAUAGCAUGAAAGGAUUGAAGAACAGAAUAGAAGAUCAGAUAAAAGUAGAGCUCUCAGGCUCGACAAAGGAAUUGAAGAGUUUAUCGCAAACACUAGAGGCCUCAAACAUCAGUCUGGAACUUUCCUCCCAACUCUUGGAUUUACACACUUCCUUAAAAACAAUGGAGAAACUCCAGCAGGAGAACCGAUACGUAGAAGCAGCGAAAGUAUUCAAAAGAAUGCAUAAAAUCUUGAACAGGAGAGAAAAGAACGAUUUGAAAUUACUGAAUAUAUAUCCUCCUAUAAGGGACUUUUACUUCACUACGUACAGUACAUUUUUGUCGACAAUUACGGAAAUAUGGGAGCAGAAUGUAUGUUGGACUGACGCUCAAGGUACCGAAUCUACGAAAAACAGUGCACAUAGUUCGACCAGUUUGAAACUCGAUUGUCAGCCGAAAGACAUACAGGAUCUUGUGGAAGCUCUCCACUAUGUCGAGGAGCUCACUCCCACUCUUCAAUUCUUUUGUACGAAAAUCCUUAAACGGUUCAUCAUUCCGAUCAUUCAUCAUGACUGCUCAGUUUACGUUGUGGAGAAAACGGUUUUCAAUGUCACUGUUUUGAAUGAAAGUCAAUCACCCACGUACAAAAGCACUCUCCAUAAUUUGAAGUUAUUGUUCCAAUUCUUGAAUCAGCACUUUCAAUGUAAAAUUGAGCAAAAAACCUUUAUUGGACUGAUCUCUGAACAAUUGUCGGAAAGGAUCGAGGAAGAAUUGAUAAAAAAUUGUAUCUCUAAGACUAUACCGGAUUCGAGUGCUGGGCUGCAGAAUUUUAAGGAAGUGGAGGAGACUGUACAGGUGUUUGAAGAUUAUUUAGUUGAAAUUGGAUUCCUCUUACCAGAAGAUUUUUUUCUUUCUCAAUACAUCAGCAAUGUGGAUCGCCUGUACAUUGAUAAAAAAUGCCAGGGACUGCUGAAUACUGCAAGAGAAAUAAUGAGGAAAGAUCUGCACGACUCCUUCAAAUAUGAGCCCGAAGUUUCUGAAUUACCGAAAUCACUGAAAAAUUGUAGUAACAUCAUCAUGGAGAGAAAGUUAAGUGAAAAGACCUUCCAACUGCCUGCCUGUCAGGUCAGCAAAAGUGCCCGACAAAUUUUACAGCUAGUAAGAAGCAUUUUGGACGAGUUGACCCGUAGCCCUGAGGCCUGUUCAGUAAGACUGUACUACAUGAGUAGAAACAUCUUUGAGAUGUACGCUGGAGCGGUUCCUGAGUACCACAAAAAGUUUCUAGAAACGGUUCCUCAACAGGUCGCCUUAUUCCACAACAAUUGCAUGUAUUUUGCUCAUCACUUGAUGACACUAGGAUACGAGUAUCAGCAAAAGAUUCCGACGCACUUGGAAAAGCAUAAUGUAACUUAUGUAGAUUUGACAUUGAAAUUACGAGUAGUUGGAGCGGAAUACUUCAUGAAUCAUAUGAAGUAUCAGAGGAAUAUCAUCACGGAAAUUAUCAACGACUCUGGAUUAUCACAGUUGGGACAAAGUUCUAAACUACCUCCAAGUACAGAGAAAGCUCUUCGGCAAUGCGUACGUCAAUUAGAAUUAUUGAAAACAGUAUGGUCAGAGGUACUUCCAGUGAAUACUUACUGCAAAGCACUAGGGUGCAUCACGAAUUCAUUGAUAGAUGAUUUAGUCCUGAAAGUGGUAAAAGUUGAAGACAUUCCAGCUGCAAUGGCAACGGAGCUCGGAGAAUUAUUUAAUAUCAUAGUAAAACGAGUGCCAGCAAUAUUUCCGGAUCCACAUGCAAUACAUCGUAAUGUGAGCAAGUGGCAGAAACUGUUGGAACUCAUUAAGAUACUGGAGGCAUCACUGAGAGACAUUCAGGAUCGUUGGGCAGAUGGUAAAGGACCUCUGGCUCAUGAAUUUACAUCGGCCCAGGUGAAGCAGUUGAUAAGGGCCCUCUUCCAGAAUACCGAGAGAAGAGCAGCACUCCUAGCUACCAUUAAAUAACAUUCUCAUGUUUUUUUACUUGUCAAUAUAUUCAUCCUGUGAUCUCUUCGGAAAAUGAAAAUUUUAUUGGAAAAGUUCUGUGGUUCAACUCAAUUCAAUCCCUCUACUUGAUUUCUCCCUUUGAUUCAUUGAAUUUUUAAUGGUUUCGAAUGGCCUUUCGUUGGAUAUGGCUGCUGUCAAGGGGGGACUCAAGUGAUUUAGGUAGAGGCAGAGUGGCGUACGGUAAUAAUGAGCGUAAAUUAUUUAAUCAUAUUCCAGAUACCAAGUUAUCAUUUUACAUUGAAUGUUUAAACAUUGCUGAUUGUUUACAGCCAAGAAAUAUUUUAUAUCCACAAUUCAUUUUUUGUCCAGAACUCAUUUUCAUUUUGCUUCGAAGUGAAAGCCAUAUUUUCUGUUGCAUAA